CUGUUUGUUUGUCUGUCGCAGAAUAUACUGGUUUUGUUUUUGUGCUGUUAAUAUGAGUUAUUUUAUUCUUUUCCUCGCACUAAUGCUGCUGCUCUGCCAGUCAAGUGCGAAAGUGUGCGACUGCCCGGAUUACUUCAGAUGCGCGUGCGCAACCAACGGGCUCACUUAUCGGAACACUUGUGUGUACGUAACCAAAUCAUUGGUGGGGAUUCUUGGAUGGCUUAAACAUGGAGUGCAGAAUGAGCUGUGCAGGCGCUACGUACUACCACGGCGGCACUUGCAGCGAUCCAAAUAAUUACAUAGAUUGUUAAUUAAGUUUAAUAAAGUUUUUUAAUACUGUU